CGUCAUGUCAUUUAAACGUAUUGAAAGGUAAAUUAGUACUAUAAAUAAAUCGUCUUAGAUUAUACGCUUGGACGUUCGCACGGCAUUGUUACUUCAAAUCUUUCAUCGGACACAGAUUCAGACGAUAUCCGACGCGUCGUUCGACGUAGUUUUUUAUUUUCUUAUACGACAGCGGUACAAAUAUUAACAUUAAAAAUGUCGUGGAUGGACCCACCCCCUCCAUCAGUUGAGAUGUCGGAAGGCAUAACGUUGAGUAAAGAUCAAUUGAAAGUUUUAAGAAAGGCUUUCGACACAUUUGACACGGAGAAAAACGGAAAAAUUACGUGUGCCAACAUCAACAUUAUCUUGGAUAUGUUGGGCCAUGCUACCGACACGGUAACCGUCAGGAACAUCGUAGCCGAAAUUGACCAUCAAGGGACUGGUACAUUAUCCUUUGAUGACUUCUGUACGCUGGCAGCCAAAUUUAUGACCGAGGAGGAAGAAGACUCCGAAGCAAUCAAAACAGAACUCAGAGAAGCUUUUAGGUUAUACGACAAAGAAGGAAAUGGAUAUAUAACAACUGAAGUACUGAGAGAAAUAUUGUCUGAACUCGACAACAACAUGUCCGACGAAGAACUGGAUCAGAUGAUCGAUGAAAUCGACGCAGACGGAUCCGGUACCGUAGACUUUGACGAAUUCAUGGAGGUAAUGACUGGUUAAUGCGAAAAUGUCAUAAGAAUUAUUAAUAUUAUACAAUCAAACAAAUACAGCACUUUUGAAAAAGCAACAUUUUUUUUUUUUUUUACUUACAAUUUUCAAUUCGUGUGAACUUAAUGCGUUGAAUGCGGGAGCUCCAACUGAUUUAAUGCAUUAAUUUAGAGUAAUAAUGUAAACACCCAUUAUCAUUAAAAUAUUGUAUUCUAUCAAACUAAUUACUUAUGUUGAUCCCAAUAAACGGUAUGUUUUCAAUCGUCAUAUUGCAACACACAUAUUUAUUUCGAGUAGGUACAUUAUAAUAUAUAUAUAUAUAAUAAUAUGCAGAAAAAACCGCUUAUUAGGAACACUUUUGGUCCAAUAUGAAAUGUGUCAAUCGACCGAUUGUUUCUAAUAAUAGCGAUUGGUUUUAUUUACUAUGAAAAAAAAAAUAUGUAUAAUUAAUAAAAAUAUAUCUACUAUAAAAGGAAAAAA